AUGACGCGCACACCAGAAGCAAUGUUGUGGAUUCGUUUCGAGAACCAACCAAACGCACUCAAGUACAGAGCCAAACCUGAGGACAGCGAUAUUGCCGAUCUCGCCUGCCGUCUUAUAGAGGAGAACAAAAGGCUCAAGGACGCCGCCCCGGACAACAUCCAGUUCCUCCUCAAUGAUCAGCUACAGAGGCCGGCCACUCACCUCGUGGAUAUCGAAACAACUGCCACGGCACCGCUCAUUAUAAGAUACCCGCUGUCGGAGAAGAUAGUCAUAAUUCGAUGUUUCUUCCAGCAGUCUCUCUUGUUCGAGCACCAAUUUCAGCAUUCAACUGGUAUUUGGGAUCAAUUGUGUGCUCUCGUUCGCGAGAAUGAGGACCAGCUGGAAGAAAUCGAUAAAAGUAAAAUUUUCUUCUGUACCACCGGCAAGAAACACAGAGGGCAGGAACUCACGAACAUUUUCGAAUUGAACCAUUUCUUGAGUCGUCUUCCUGCGGACGAUCAUGAGGUCGGGGCAAGCUUGUCAGUGCGUAUUAAAGGGCGAAAGUCAUACUCAGAGUGGAAAUUUUAUGACAUCACUAAGACCAUCUUCGGAAAAGGGUUCGACGACCUAGGAGACUUUCCACGUUUCGACCCAGACGAAAUCCCUAAACCAACCAGCGAGAUUUGCACGGAAACCGUGAACGGAUUUUUCGUGGAAAUCCGGAGAAAACUAAAAGCAUUUCGUGCAAUUGAUAACGAGCUUGUUACUCGAGAGUUUAUCUCGCCAUUCCUGACGACAGCAGUGGAAUGUGUACAAAAGAAUGAGCCGUCGCUGCUGCUCCGUGCGGAAAAGCCUCUGGUAGGAAGCCGCGGGUAUGGUCCCGUGGAUUUCUCUGUUGAAAAAGAUGGUUUGAUCAUUCCGGUUACAGAAGUGAAAAAGGAACAGUUUGAGCAAGGAGCUGCCCAAAACCUUGCUCAGUUGCAUAGUAUGGUCGAGACGUUGGAGAAAAAACGCAAACUCGAUUAUACAGACUUUGAAGAUGAUCAUAAUCUUCCAGUCAUCGCAUAUGGCAUUGUGACAAAUGCACGUGAGUGGAUGUUUCUCCGCUGGGCGGGUGACUCUUCGAAACCAACAGUUCAGCACACCCCACAACUCCCUUGUCCGUUCGAUGGCGAUCUUUCUCGUGCAAAGGCCAUUCUGGAAAAAAUUGUUGGAAUUCUUGAUUCUCAAAACAUUGGCUUGAAUGAUUCUUCUAGAAGAAUGAAAAUUAAAAGAUGCCGCAUUGAUUGA